AAGAGAAAAAAAGGAGGGAGGGAGACACACAGGGGUAGAGAGCGAGUGAGAGCAAGAGAGAGAAAGGGAGAGAGAGAGAGAGAGAGGGAGAGAGAGGGCGAGGGAGAGAGAGGGAGACAGCGAGGGUGAUGUCAAACCAGCUGGGCUCAGAAAGUAAACAGAGCUCCGAACGGCAGCAUGCUUUCAGCGCCACUGCAGCCAGGACGGCCCCUCCGGGGGAUCCAAACACACGCGCACGCAUGCCGGGACCCCUGCGGUCGGCCCCGCUCCGCACUCUUCGCCCUCGCCAUCCUCAUCCUCGGCCUGCUUGUCUCCCAGGGGAGCGCGUGGCCCCUCGACUACAGGUGGCUCUACCCGCAGUGUCCAGGGCCGGAGUGGGGUGCCAUGUGCCGUGACUGCUGUGAGUACGAGCUGAUCCGCUGCAAAUGCCCCCUGCAGGGGGUGCCAGUGGGCUACGCCGUCCCCUGCUGUCGCAACGCCAUCAACGAGUGUGAUCCCUGCAUUAUACACCCAGGCUGCAGCAUCUUUGAGAACUGCAAGCGCUGUCACAACGGAACAUGGGGACCCAGGGAUGACUUCUUCGUGCGGGGGAAGUACUGCUCCGAGUGUCGCCCUGGAUGGUCAGGGGGAGACUGCAUGAAGUGUGGCGGCGUGAUAAGGAAACGACAGGGCCACAUCGUGCUGGAGGCCUACCCCAAUAAUGCCCGCUGCGAGUGGACCCUGCAGGUAGAUCGACCCUUCACCAUCGAGUUCAGAUUCAUGAUGCUCAGUCUGGAGUUUGACCACAGCUGUCGCUAUGACUACGUGGAGGUGCGAGACGGGGACAGCAUUACGUCUCGUGUGAUUGGCCGGUUCUGUGGAAAUGAUAGGCCUCCUCCACUCCAAAGCUCCGGAAACACCUUGCACAUCCUGUUUGUCUCCGACGGUUACAAGAACUUUGACGGCUUCUUCGCCACUUUCCAGGAGAGCUCAGCCUGCAGCUCCUCACCCUGUCUCCAUGACGGCACCUGUGUUCUGGACUCUUCCCACUCCUUCCACUGCGCAUGCCUGGGUGGAUACACAGGCAGGAGGUGUGAGAACGUGCUGAUGUGCGGCCGCCCCCUGAUGCCAAUCCACGGUGGUGCCCAAAGCCUCGACCUGAACGUGGGUGGGCACGUCAUCUAUCGCUGCCAGCCCGGGUACAAACUGCAGGGCUUCCGCAUCGCCACCUGCAUGCUGGAUGGCACCUGGAGUGCACCAGCACCACAAUGCGUGCCUGUGCAGGAGAAGACCUGUCCUGUCCCACCCAAGCCGACUCAUGGGGACCACUUCCUGGUGUACGGCCCAGGAGAUGUGCUCAUCGCCCUGCAGUACCUCUGCUACCGGCCCUACAAGCUGAGCGGGAUGCAACAGAGGACAUGCUUACCCAAUGGAACCUGGAGCGGGACAGCACCCUCCUGUGUCAAAGUGCCAAGCCCAGCUCCUGUGCCAGAUAAAGAGAAGGAGAAAGAGAAAGAGAAAGAGACGCGCCAGGACAAACAUCCUUCUGGAAAAGACAAAGUGGACACUAAAGACACUGAUGACUCCACAAAUAUGGUCAAAGAAAAGAUACCAGAAAAGGAGAAAGACAAGGAGGAGGAAAAAGUACUGGACGAAGACCAAGACAUCCAGAUAAUCGUUUUCAAAGACCCUGAUCAAGAUGCUGGCAGGAACGUGAGUGUAGACCUGGGGAAAGGCAUGGACAAAGACCCGAAUCUGGGCACAGGUGGACCAAAGGACCCAACUAGAGGUGUCCCAAAAAACACCAGUAAAGAAGUAACUGACGACGUCAACAAAGUUCAGGAAAAAGACCCAGAGCACAAAAAAGACUCUGGCAAAGGCACGGAUAAGGAUGUUCAUUCGGAGAAAGGACUGGACAAAGUUCUUGUUAUUAAAGAUCUCCGUCCCGAUGGGGGUAAAAACACAAGCAAAGUCAAGGAAGACAAUCUAAACACAGUGGAGGAGAAAGCGUCUGAACAAGACAAAGACCUCGGAAGGGGUCUAGAUAAGAAGGACUUGCUUCCAGACAAGGGAGUCACGGGAGCCCCAAAAGAUGGAGACGACACUCUGGGCAGAGAUAUCGAGAUAGUCCUGCUGUCAGAGAAGGGGAAAAGCGACAGGACCAAAGAUGUCCUGAUACACACCGAGUACAACCUGGAGAAAGAGGAGAGCGUGCAGCAACGCCCAAUUGCCGGGACGACAACCCCGGAGACCAGCGACAACGACCUGGACUCUAAACAGAGUGGAAACGCUACCGACGUCAUCAGCUCCAACGACAUUGAGAACGACGUUGAGACUUCUCAGGAGCUCGACCGAAAACAAUACCCAGUCGGAGCUAAUGUUACAGAGACAUCCUCCCCAGGCAAAGCAGAGCAGGGUGGGACCGGCUCAGACUCGAGAGGAACUAAGCACAUGGAGAAAAAGCCAGACACAGACACGGAGAAACACCCUGGAAAUAAAUGUACCGCCAUUCCUACUGAGCUUCCCAAAGAGACGCAGAAGCCUGAGACCAUGAAAGACAUCAAAGGGCCUGACAACCACAGCAUCGCUGUGACCGAGAGGAAGCCGUGUCCUCCUCCUCCUCGUCUGUAUUACGGCUACUAUGAGCCCAUCCCGGCUCUGUCUCCGGAGACGGUGGAGUUCUUCUGCAACCACUCCUACGCCCUGAGUGGCACCGCCCGUCGCUCCUGCCAGCCAGAUGGCUCCUGGAACGGCACCCAGCCCAUCUGUGUGAGAGCUUGUAGAGAGCCCAAGGUGUCUACGUUGGUGAGACAGACUGUACUGCCUCCACAGGUCCCCUUUAGGAAAACUGCAGUGCACAAGCUAUACUCCUCCGCCGCUCUGGGCAGGCCUGUCAUCUCCGCUAUGCCCACUAGGGGUCCAGAGGUGUUGGGCCAGCUGCCCCCUGGCUUCCACCCCCUCUACACGCACAUCCAGUACGAGUGCCUCUCCCCCUUCUACCAGCACUCAGGCAGCUCCCGCCGCACCUGCCUCAAGACGGGAAAGUGGAGCGGGCGUCAUGUCUCCUGCUCACCAGUGUGUGGCAAGAUCCCCAACUUUGACCCCCAGUCGUCGGGGGAGAUUCACUGGCCCUGGCUGGUGGCCAUAUACCGCCGCUCGGUUCCGGGCUCCGGUGCCAAGCUGGGUGGGGUUGGCAAAGCUGGCAAGGCUGGCGGAAUGGCGGGGGCCGGGGGAAGCUUCGAGGACGUGUCGGGGUCCGAGGGCUGGCAGCUGGUGUGCAGCGGGGCGCUGGUAAACCAGCGCAGCGUGGUGGCGGCUGCCCACUGCGUCACGGAGCUGGGCAAACUCUACCCGCUCGACGCCUCCAAAGUCAAGGUGGUGCUGGGGAAGAAGUUCCGCAGCGAUCAGAGGCACACCAAAGGCCUGCAGCACCUCAGGGUAGCCUCCAUAGCUGUCCACCCCAGUUAUGACCCCCUGCUCCUGGACGCAGAUGUGGCCGUGCUGAAACUGCUGGAUAAGGCUCGCGUCGGGGAGCACGUGCUGCCCAUCUGCCUGCCUGAGGCCACGGCCACCGGUGAGGAGACGACACCGCUGAAGCAGGCGGUGGUGACAGGAUGGUCUCUGCUGGCGGAGCCGCGGGUGGGAGAGGGGGCGUGGGAGGAGGCGGCGGGGGCAGGGGAGGGGGAGCGUGCGCGGGUGGGGCGGGUGCAGCUGGCACCGGACGUGGUCCAGUGCGAGCGGCAGUACGCCCGUAACGGCGUGCCCAUCAGCGUCACUGAGAACAUGUUCUGCGGGCGCCAGCAGCCCGACGCCAGCCCCUCGCGCAUCUGCCCCGCUGACACCGGAGGCAUCCUGCUGCUGCCCGCGCCCACCCCGGUGCCCUCGGUCAGGGCAGACUCGUCCAUCCUGCUGCUGGAGGAGGAGGAGGAGAGCAGGCAGCGCGUCUGGAGGCUCCUGGGCCUCGUCAGCUUCGGCUACGACCACCCCGAGUGCAACCCGCAGCUCUACACCGUCUACACCCGUGUGGCCAACUUCAGAGACUUCAUCGAGAGUAACAUGAAAUAGAUCGCCUGCUCUAUGACACCCCCCCCCCCCCCCCCCCCCCCCACACAC